AGAAAAUUAAAAUUUGAAUGGUAGUGAAUAUAUAUAAACAAAUGAAAUCUUCAUUAUGUUACAUCAGAAUCAGCAUUCAGUUUUCACUAGGAAAACUGAAAAAUCCCCUUUUGCCUUUCAUUCACAUCUCUUAUUUUUUCAAGCAGGCUACAGACGGUGCUGGUAUUUCACAACAGUGUUGCUCAAUCCCAAUGCACAUCCAUCAGCUUAAUUGAAUCUUUACUUUGACAACACAAAUCCCUUAGAUAGCACUCAUUUAUACUUCCCCACAGAGAACACAGUGUCAACACUUCAGUCGGAGACCCUUAUCUGCAUUCAUUUCACUACACUCUAAACAUAAAUGCUCUUACAUCUGAGAUUGAAGGGAAAAGCAAAUGACGAAAUGAGUGGACUUAUUAUACACUCUUAAAAAUAAAGGUUUUCAUAAGGGGGUUUUCAUAGCGAUGCGGUAGAAGAAUAAUUUUUCAGUCAACAGUCCCUAAAAGACCUAUUAUUUUCUUAGUUUGAAGAACGUCUGAAGAACCAUUUUCCACUAUAAAGAACUUUUUGUGCAAUGGAAGGAUUCAAUGAAUGUUAAAGUUUUUUUUAAUGGAACCAUCUAUGCAAACAAAGAACCCUUAUUUUAGAGAAUUGGUGUAUAUCAAGUACUGUAAUUGAAUAAAAUAACACUAACAAAUAAAAUACAUUCUGUUCUAUGAGAAACAUCAUUUCAUGCUAACAAGGCAAUAAGCAACAAAUUAACACCCACCCAAACAGCCACCCACACACAUAUUCAUGCACACACAUUCACAGGCAUUAGUCAGCCGAGGACUGAAAGUGCUGUUCGAGUUAAAGAUGAGUAAGGUACAGAAGAAGUGAAGCUCUAGGCUCCUCCUUUUGGAGAUGGUGGGGUGUUUUUUAGAGCUGACAGUCCCAGACAAAUGGAUAAGAGUGAAGUUACUCCUGCUCAAACUCUCCCAUGCAUCUCUACUACCACAUCAGCAGAGCUUCCCAGCAGACAAACCUUGUUGGACCUCUUUAAGGGCCCUUCUUUGAGAUUUUAAAGUCUUUUCCUGUAGUUGUCAGUGCUUCUUGAAAUCUAGUCUGCAGAUAUUCGAGGGUGUUGCAGUGAAGAAAGUCCUCCUAAAUGCUGACUGAGCCGCGUGACCUGAUGGGAUCGGACGUCAGAGACCUGAGCGCCCUGCUUCCAGCGGUCCCGACGCUGCCCGGGGGGAACGCGAACUGUUCCCUGCCCGUCGGCGGAGCUCCUCAGUGGGGACCGAUGCUGGACUUUCACCCUGCCUCCCCGUACGGAUCUCUUCCCUCCCACUCCUUCGUCAAACAGGAGCCGGGCUGGGGGCCCACAGACCCUCAUGAGGAUCCUCACUGCGGUUUGGGGGCCUUCACCGUACACUUCUCAGGGCAGCUCACAGGGAUGCCGUUUGCUGAUUCUCCCUCCAGCCAGAGCAGGAUGUUCUCCAGCGGGCCUUAUCUGCCAGGCUGCAUGGAGAGCCCUCCUGCCCCGCGCAACCAAGGUUAUGGUACAGUAGCAUUAGAUGGAGCUCCCAGUUACGGUCACACACCUACACACCACACGCCACCAUUCCCCAACAAUACCUUCAAACACGAGGACCCCAUGUCUCCACAAAGCACUAUGGGUGAGCAGCAGUACCCCGUCCCACCACCUGUCUAUGGGUGCCACAGUCCUCCUGACAGUCAGACCCUGCUUUUGAGAAACACCUUCAACAGUGAUAAUCUGUACCAAAUGACGUCCCAGUUGGAAUGUCUUCCCUGGAAUCCCGUCAGCUCACUGACACCCAGUGUAAAGAGUCACAGUGGCAGUUAUGAGGCGGAUCUGUCCUCAGGAGCCGCUCCCAUGGUGUACAGCUGCAGCACCCAGUAUCACAUACACACACAUGGUGUGUUCAGAGGAUUACAGGAUGUGCGGAGAGUACCAGGCAUCACUCCCUCCAUUAAAUCAUCAGAGACCAGUGAGAAGCGUCCGUUCAUGUGCUCUUACCCCGGCUGCAGUAAGAGAUACUUCAAACUGUCCCACCUGCAGAUGCACGGCAGGAAACACACAGGUGAGAAGCCCUACCAGUGUGACUACACAGGCUGCGGCCGCAGGUUUUCCAGAUCUGACCAGCUCAAGAGACACCAGCGCAGACACACAGGUGUCAAACCCUUUCAGUGUGAGACAUGUCAAAGAAAGUUUUCACGCUCAGACCACCUUAAGACCCACACUCGGACUCAUACAGGUAAAACAAGCGAGAAGCCGUUUACGUGCCGCUGGCCCAGCUGUCAGAAGAAGUUCGCCCGCUCAGAUGAGCUGGUCAGGCAUCACAGUAUGCAUCAGAGAAACAUGAACAAAUUCCAGUCUGCUAUGUGAGACACUGUACAGACACACACUGUAUAUAGACACACAGACGCUGAGACACUCUCAACAGUGAAGACCUGUCAGUCAGUCAACUACAGCGGUGAUCUGAUAACAUGAAGUAACGGAGAAAUGCAGCUGUACUACAUUAUCAAAGCAUCCCUGAAAGAAGCAAAUGUUACUGAAUGCAUAAAUAUGCACUUAUAUUGGAGUUUUGCCAUAUUUUAUUUGACAUGAGAACACUGCGAUUUACAAAAGACUGUGUCUGGAUAAUUUUGGAUCAUCUCAGUUUGAAAAGGUUUUUUUUUUUUUUACGUAUGGACAGUUGAUUGCACUGGGUAUACUUGUAUUUCAAAAUGGUAGGAUGUGCUAGGUCACUUGAAUUCAUUUCUAAUAAAUAGAUGAAUGAGAAAUGGCUAGUGUUAUAAUCAUAUGCACUGUAAUGCCUUUGUAUAUAUUAUUUGUCAAGUGACAGCAGUCUUUCCUUAAAAAAAAUGCUUUUUAUAAUAAACUACAUCAAACAAAA